AUGACCACGGAGGCGAAGCUCGUGCCGUCGGGCGUGUCCGGAGGCCAGACUGCGCAGGCGGUGGCCGGCGUCAGCGGGAAGGGGUACGUGCAGGGCAUCGUGACUUACACGGUGAUGGACGACCUCACCGUGACGCCCAUGUCCUCCAUCUCCAGCAUCACCCUGCUCAACACAUUCGCCGUCAAGGAUCUCAGCGCGCUCCAGGAGAAGACCGUGCAGCUCGGCUACGACGAGGGUCUGGAGAUCCUGAAGGCGUCGCUGCAGUCCAAGACCGUCCUCACCGACGUUUUUCUGAGCCCCGCCCGCAAGGCUUGA